ACUCAUGUCUCAACUCAAUCUGCUUCUUUGGCAUAUACGUGGAGAGUCACGAGCUUAGGUCAAAACAACUUUCUCUUGUGGUCAGAAUGGGAAAGAAACUGCAAGUUUACUCUCUGCAGCAUGCAUUCAAGUGCUGAACUGCCAUUACACGGUUCUGCACGAACAGUCUUGGCAAUUCGAAAGUUACUCCUUGAUUCGUGGGAGAUGUACCUAUCUGGCUAUGAAUAGAUGUCAUCAUGCGAAGAAUAUGUCCAUGCCAUGAUGGAAAUCGUCCAGAACACACUCUACGAGACAAGAGAAACACGUCUGUCUCUGCUUCUUCUGUGCCUCAAAGAUAAAAGAGUCUCUCGGAGCACUCACUCUGUGAAUCAUCUUGCCGCCUCGUCUUUCUCUCCUGCAAGGAAUCUACCACGAAGAUGUCAGAUCUUGGGCUUACUCCAGACGAACUCAUACCUGUCCUGUACGAUGCCAGGAUCACCCUCAGCUUCAAAAUUGCCGCUCUGGCUAUAAUGGCCUACGAUACCAUCCUCGCGUUCCCCUCGGAGGUGCAGUGUAUAUGGCAUAGAAAGUUGAGCGGUGUAACCGUCCUAUACAUCCUCGUGCGCUACGUCCCCCUUCUUGAACAGGUUGUGGAAGUUCUGGAUGGCAUGUGGUUUGCAAACCUUUCGGUGUCCAGCUGUAUAGUUUUUGAGAAGUUAAACUGCGUCUUUGCGCCGCUCUUCUACUUUGCGAUUGCUGGAUUCAGUUCGCUGUCGUACCAUGUGUCAACGUGUAUAAUUUCGCCCUCCCUCGAACGUUUGCCAUUCUACGCUACCCUCAAAGUUCUACUCUCCUCACCUGUGCAAGCGCAUACGUGGUGCUGCCAUAUAUCUAUCGUUCUUCCGAUUAUCACGCGAGCUGCGGCUAUAGCGUCGGAUUUGGCGGUUAUAUGCUUUACUUGGAUCGAGACGGCGAGCAUAUACAAACGUAGCCGAACUUCAGGUGCUCGCGCCCCUACUGUCAAAGUAUUGCUUCAUAACGGUUCUGUGCAGUUCAUCGUGCUCCUACUUCUGAACUCUGUCACAGUGUUACUUGAUGUUUUGAACAUUGCCGUACCCAUAGUGGGACAAACACCCUCUGCGUCGUGCUUCAUAUUUAUUAAUGACGCGUUGACUUCUAUCGUGGUUUCGCGCUUCAUCUUGGAUCUACGCUCAGUGUAUCUCUCUGCUGACGGUGAUCAGCAAACGCAACCUUCCGUGUCAACCGUACAUUUUGCUUCUGUCAUCGCCGGGAAUAUCGGUGCAUCGCUACAUGGCUCCUGGGCCACAGGCGACCCUAGACACAAUGUUGGCCAAGAGGCUGAACAGGAGGAAGCUGAACAGGAAGCGUUGGAGGUGUACUCGGAUAAUCCGCUAGCUGUAGGCUUAUUGGAUGAUGACCCUACGAUAGCCUAAGCUCUGUAUAUGAGUACCCAUAAGGUGAAUACGCUACACUCCUCUGUAGUGGUACAUAUGGGGCCCGGGAACACGUGCACGAACCAAGCGUCAAUGAUGGUU